CGUUGGUGGUGAAACCCUUUGGCCUUGUUAAAAUGAGUCGAGACAGCCCUACGACCUUGAUCGCAGCUAAAUUCCACUCUAAAUAAGGAAAGAAAAUUCCAUGAAGUCCUACUGCAAGCAUAGCUUUCUGCACAGCUGAACUAUCUUGCAUCACCUUUUAGAGUCACUUUACCAGAAAUAAAUUAUUGAAAGAAAAAAUAACCCACCUCUGAAUGGAUCCUCUAUCGGCACUGCGUGACUUCACAAUCCGCGGCGAGCUCGACAAGGUCACCCAGACGCAAAAUGAAAUCCGCUUCGGCUCAGAUUACACCUUCGCUUCGUCGAUUGAAACCCCUUUUCGAUCCAAACAAGGCAAUCUCUACACUCUUCAAACCCUCGUUUUCUUUAUCAAAAACAACAGUCUCAAGCACACUGAGUAUAUCCAGACCGCCCGUGCCCACCGCAUCCCCCCCGUUACUCUCCCCGAUCGUAAACCCCUCUUCGAAUACCUCAACGGUAAAAUCGACUCCUCCGACCAGAUCGAAUUCCACCUCCCUCAAAACCCUAACUCCCUUGAUGGGCCCCACGGCGAAACCUUUACAAACGGUGACGAGAUUACGAGAAAUAUCAAUUUUAAUAACAGUGUUGCCACGGUUGAUGGCGGAAAAGGUUUUGAAAAUCUUGAAAACAUUGGUUACAUGGCUUUGAUCAGAGCGGCGGAGAGACCGUUGAAGGACCGUGAGCAGCUGUUGGAGUGUAAAAACAGUGAUUUUUAUAGUGUUCUUGUGUCGUCAACGAGGCGGGAGGAGGAGAGACAGAGAAUUGAGUCACAACAGAGGAAGGAUGGGUUAGUGGCGAAGAAUAGGCUAAUGGGAGUUGACGAGAGAGGGUUAGGUUAUGGUGGUGAUGAGGGUUUUGAAACAACGCCAAAGCCGAAGAUGUUGCAACUGAAAGGUGGAAAGAUUGGUGAAGGCGUGCCAAUAAUUCUGGUGCCAAGUGCGUUUCAAACUUUGAUAACUAUUUACAAUGUGAAGGAAUUUUUGGAAGAUGGGGUGUAUAUUCCUACUGAUGUGAAGGUGAAGAACAUGAAUGGGGUGAGGCCGGACUGUGUGACAGUGCAGAAGAAGUUUAGUAGGGAUAGAGAUCAGGUGGUGAAGGCUUAUGAAGUGAGAGACAAGCCGUCUGCGUUAAAGGCCGAGGACUGGGACAGGGUUGUGGCGGUUUUUGUUUUGGGGAAGGAGUGGCAGUUCAAAGAUUGGCCCUUCAAGGACCAUGUGGAGAUUUUUAAUAAAAUUAUUGGAUUUUUCAUGCGGUUUGAAGAUGACAGUGUGGAAUCUGCAAAGAUUGUGAAGCAGUGGAAUGUAAAGAUUAUAUCUAUUAGCAAGAACAAGCGGCACCAAGACAGAGCUGCGGCUUUGGAGGUGUGGGACAGACUGGAAGAAUUUGUUCGUUCACGGUCGCAUUCUUAAAGAGUUCAGAGUUUUAGAGAAUAUUUCGCAUGGAGUCAACACCUACAAGUGGAGAUGAAGUUACUUUUGAGAGUUGAGUUCAUUCUUAUUGUAAAAGUAGAUUGAGAUUGUUCAACUAUCCAGAAAAAUGCAAGCCCUUGUCAUACAAUUCAUAACAUGCUCCAAGCCAUGCACUAAUUUUGCUGCAUGGUUGACUGGAUGAUGGCGGAUCACUGGAUGGUCAAAUUCAAGAGUUCCCGAAACAGAUCUUCGCUGCAGCAGUCUAAACCGGAAGUCACCACUGCCUAGUCACUUACUGUUCUUUAAUGAUAAAUUAACGGAAAACAUUCUGUCUCUUGCUAAGAUAACUGUUUCUGUUUUCUUUUCACUGAUCAAUUGGAUACUUGUUAGGUCUGGGAGAAUAUAUUAGAAUUCAGAAAUGAACCAAGAUUUUGACUAAUUUGGAUACUCCCAAGUAAAAGUGUAAAUCAAAACAUCUUAGCUGUUGAGUUGAAUUGCGCAAUCGUGGGUUACCAGAUGUGAACAUUCUUGCAAUAGAAACGGCGUGGUCCAUAGAUUUUUCAA